UGACAUGGAGAAGCAGCCGACAGGAGAACCGCGUUGUCACACCAGGGUGAUGGAAUGCUCGCUGGAUGUUCACCCCACUGAGAUGGCCCUGGUGGUCCAGUAUGAGCUGAAAGCCACCUGUCUGGGAAAGCUGGGAGAACCGAUAGCUCAAAAGCGCAAAGAGUGUCAGAAGAUAAUCCGUUUGAAGAACUUGGACUCUAACACAGACACAGCUUCACUGGCCCAGAAGGUGGUGCAGGAAUGUCCUCUGAUCCAUGAGUCCAAACUCCAGGAGGUGGAGCAGCAGCUCUACUACCUUCAAAACCGCAGACAGACAAAUGACAACCAGGAGCAGAAGAGCCUCUCUCCUAAAGGUUUCGCUCCGUACAAAGGACAGGAGCUGGAAGAGAAGGCGAGCAUCAACAGUUUGGACCAGUAUGUGAAGCUGCUGUAUGAGGAAAUUCAGGAGAAGAUCCGAGGAGCCCGGCUCAUCCUAAAGCUGGCUCUGAACCCUGACAACCUGUUGGAGCUGAUGCGGCGCAAGUCAGCCAUCAGUGCGCUGGCCCGAGUCCUGAGCGAGGACUGGAGGCAAAGCGUGGACCUGGCAACAACCAUCGUCCACAUCUUCUUCUGUUUCUCCAGUUUCUCCAAGUUCCACUGUAUGAUCUCCGAAUUCAAGAUUGGGGCUCUCUGUAUGGACAUCAUUGAACAUGAGCUGAGUAGGUUCGACCUCUGGAGGGAAGAGCUGCAGAGGAAGAAGAAGGCCUGCGAUGAAUCUUCUGAGAGGCAGGACAUGAAGACGGAACAUGACAAGGCGUACAGGAAGUACCGGAGCCUCCUGGCCAAGCAGGAGAGGCUUCUACAGAUCGCUCUGAGUCUGCUGCUGAACCUGGCUGAGGACAACCAGACUGAGUUGAAGAUGAAGAACAAGAACCUCGUCCACAUGCUGGUGAAGCUGCUGGAGCGAGAGGACCAAGGCCUGCUGGUGGUCGUCGUCUCCAUCCUCAAGAUGCUCUCCAUCUUCAGCAAAAACAAAGAUGAUAUGGCGGAGGUGGCGGUCGUGGAGAAGUUGGCUCGCCUGCUUUGCUGCGACCACCAGGAACUCCUGAGCACUACCUUAGGGCUCCUGUUAAACCUGUCUUUUGACAAGGUGCUGCGUGGGCAGAUGGUGCAGGCCGGCCUCAUUUCCAAGCUCUCCUCUCUACUCGCUGACCCGGCCCAGAAGCAGCUCAGUCUGCGUGCCCUGUACCACAUCAGCAUCGACGACGCCUCCAAGCCCCUGUUUGCUGAAACCGACUGCAUCCCACAGCUAAUGAAGAUGGUGUAUGAAGGCGGGACGGACAUCCUGGACAUGGAGCCCGUCGCUCUCUGCAUCAACCUGGCUGCAAACGAGUGCAACGCUCAGCUCAUCUGUGAAGGGAAGGGUCUGAAGAUGCUGAUGAAGAGGGCUUUGAAGCUGAAGGAUGUUCUGGUGAUGAAGAUUAUCAGGAAUAUUUCUCAGCACGGCGGCACCACCAAGAACCUGUUUCUGGACCACAUUGGAGACCUGGCUGCUCAGAUCAGAGAAGAAAAAGCUGAAGAGUUUGUGAUCGAGUGUCUGGGAACCCUGGCCAACCUGACCAUCCCAGAACUGAACUGGGAGCUGGUUCUGAAGGAGUACCACCUGGUACCGUACAUGACAGAGAAACUCAGAGCAGUUUCAAAUGAAGACGAUCUGCUGCUGGAGCUGGUGGUCCUGAUCGGUACAGUCUCCAAGGAUGAGUCUUGUGCCGCCAUGCUAGUCAGUUCCGAUAUCAUCCCAAUUCUCAUGGAACUGCUGGCCGACAAGAUAUGGGAUGAGGAGUUUGCCUACCAGAUCCUCUACGUCUUCUCCCAGAUGGUCAUCCAUCAAGCUACAAGAGACAUUAUUAUUCAAAACAGCAAAUGUGUGGACUACUUCAUCUACCAGAUGCACAAACAAAACACAGCGAUCCGCAGAAUCUGCAAAUACGCGCUGGACAACAUAGCGGAACACGAUGAGGAGUGUAGGAAAAAGAUUAAGCUGGAAAAUUUCCGUUCAUACAACAGCCAAUGGUUGGAGAAGGUGGGGUACCACCUGAGCUGGGAUGACAAAGAUCACUUUGACUACAGCAAAGACAUGGAGAAACUAAGCUUCACAGCAGAUGGGAUCCUCUCUGUGGACAGAUCCGUCAGCCUGGACAGCCUGAGCAGCGACCUGAGCGAAGCCGAACCCUUAGGAGAUGGGAUCCUCUCUGUGGACAGUUCCGUCAGCCUGGACAGCCUGAGCAGCGACCUGAGUGAGCCCAAACCCUUAGAAGAACCUGGGAUUAGUUUGCCCCUGCUUCUCCCGUCCUUGUAGAUCGGCCUUUCAGAGCCAAGACUUUUGGAUGAGCAGCUACAGUCACAGUAUCACUGCUCCCCAGUAAACCCGGAAACUGAGACACUUCUUCCUCAUCCUCCCUCCAUCCUCCAUGAACCGUUCAGGGACUCUGUUCAAUAAAUUCCUGGUUUCUCUUUAUUUUUGGAACAAAUUGUGCCCUGAGUUCCACUGGGGUGGAUAAAAGCCUCCAUGGUUGUGUUUCAUUUGUUGGUCUUGUAGAUGAUGUUGUGGGGCUCUGCAGCAGCCGGUGGUUUAGUUCCGAUCCGGUCUUGUUCUUAUAGUUGCAGUUGUUGUCUUAGUUCCCUGUAAUUGGUUGUUAGGAACUAUUUAAUACACCAAACUUCUCGUUAAGGUCCGAUUCUGUUUCCUUUCAAAAUGGUUAAAAUUUCAUCAUUCAUAAUUAAUAUAAUAUUCAAACUUAAUGUUCUCUGGAUUGGACUUCUGAAUCAAAGAAAAUCGGUCCUUUACCAUGGUCACUGCAGGCAGGAAACAAUGCUCCCACCUCUGCAUUAGAGAUUAACCAAUCAGUGUCCAAAAAAAUUAUCCUUCAUCGUUGAACUUUUUGUUAAACGUUACCCAAGACGGAUCUGCACUAGAAACGGAGCCUAAAGUAGGUCAGGUGAGUUCUGACCCUUCAGUGGGCCGUUUAUUUGUCUGACUGGUUCUGGUCGGAUUUCUUGUUUUGACUGUAAUGUUUGCUUUCAAAGUUUCCAGCAGGUUAAAGUCCGACCCAGUGUGUGGUACCUCUUAAACUGGUAUCACUUACCUCCUGAGGUCCAAAAGGCCUUUUUGUGACCAAAGCCCAGUUCUGAUGCAGCAGACUCUGUUGAUAUUGACAGAGAGAUGGACUAAUGGGUCCAGAUGUGUUCAAGGUGGGAAAACUUUUGCUGCCUGAUAACCGGGUCUCUGAUCUUAGUUUGUUUUUUACUGAAAUUCUAGAAGAUUAACAUCCUUUGGAGAUUUAUUGAUUUAUGAAGCAUUUUCUCACAGG